GUUUACACAACGUGCGGCUGAAUUACUUGCAAGAAACACAAGGAAGCGAAAACACAAAAGGUCAUUAUUGUUAUACUUUUGCUUUCGGAUCAAGGCCAGGAAAGGCAUUGUUUUUUUUAAUUGCACCAGAAAGGUAGAUACUCAGUUAGACAAUGAGUGACAGUGAUAUCAGUCCGUUCACCGUGAUCUGUGUGGGAUCGAGUUUCGCUUUCUCCGCGCUCUUUUAUCACUUAUACAAGCAAAAGAGAGAAGAAAUUCAAAAGCUUAAGGCGAUACCGAAGUUUCAGCCUAAUGAAGAGUUACUAAAGAUUGUUAAAUCCUCACAGCACAAAUAUCUCCAGUAUGUUGCAAUUGAAGGACACGUUCAACCAGAUGGUGAGCCUCUGGCCAGCCAGUAUGUCCCACGGUGCUUUGGGGUGAUUCAGAGGGUCGCUGUGCAAGAACACUGGAAAGUGUGGAACUCCAUCAUGAAGACAUGGGCUCACACGAGGAAGAACCGCAAGGAGUCAACGAACACCGUGCCCUUCAGCCUGGCGUCCUCCAGCAGCGCGGUGGCGGUGAGGGUGACGUCUCCGCUGCAGGCCUCGGGCCUGCACCUGGAGACGGUGCACCAGCGCGUGCGCGAGCCCCAGGAGGGCCUUGUGGGCCUCGUGGUGCAGGGGCUGUCCGGGGAGAAGCCCGCCGGGCUGGAGGAGAGCGAGGAGCUGCUGCGCGUCGGCGCCAUGGCGACAGGGUUCGGGGAGCUGGUCCUGGAACAGGGCCGAGUGCUGAAGCUUAUCCCUCCGCGGGACGGGAGGGAGUACAUCCUGGUUGCCACGGACUACAGAGGCUUUUUGCAGAAGCAUGAGGGGUCGGCUUCAAUGUGGAAAGUGCUGACCGCUGCCUUUGGGAUUGCAGGAGCUGUCCUCCUGGCCCUGGCCAUUUAUAAGGCCUACUGGAAGCAGAAAGACAGGAGGGCUGAUUAGUUCUUCCGGGGGGGUCUCGUCUUGAGAGAGACACCUGUGAGAGUUGCAGUGAUCUCCUAAUCUUCUUGGCAAGGGGCAGUUAAACCCCAGACCUUCCAAUUUUGCUAAUGAAAAAGAGCUUCUAAUCAGUAUGGUUAAUCAAGCCAUUACAGAGAUGAUCAAAACAAACUGCUGUAAGUAUAUGGAUUGUAAGGCCCUGUAUUUUAAAUACCUCUAUUCUAGAUCUCUUCCUGUCAUUACAAUACAGUAUAUAGUCAGGAGAAGCAGCAUCAAUGCUGGACUAGAUCAGGACCCUGAAAUAGAAAACAGUGAAAAGUUAAAUGCUUAUAAUCAUCAUUGUAAAAUUAAGGGUUUUCCGAGAGGUAGUGAUGUACUUGGUGAGCCAUUCAACGGAGCCUGUCUGAGUGGAUAACACCUGUUAAGACAGAAGAGCUCAAGAAUAUUGGUGCAUUGGGUGUUUCACAUGUCUGGAGUCACUUGCAACUCUCUAAGAACUUCCCAGUCAUUGCUUAUAAGAGAAAUCAAAAAAUUAAUUAUCACUGAUUACUCACUGCUUUUUGAGGGUCUGGAUAUAAUUUUUUUUUUCUGGUAACUGCCUCAUACGGUCACUAUCCUAAUCCCUCAUUGAACUUGUGCUGAUUGACAAGGCUGCAAAUCAAGUUGGAUUUUAGUGAAAAGAUGGGUGUUCAAAAUCAGACAUUAAGCUUUAAGACACUUGUGAUUCUGAAAAACGGUCACAGCAGAAUAGGGGUAACGUAUGCAACUCAAUCUAAACCUGAACUCACAAAAACUGUUAUGUUUACACUUUUUAUGCAUUUAAGCGAUCAAAAAAGAUCAUGCAAAGUGUUUUUUAAAGGAAACUCACAAAUUAAAAUUCUAAGAAAACUUAAAAGUGUUUUUUCCAAUAAAAACAUUUAUCAGCUAUUCUGCUAUCUGGUCUUUAUCCUUGCCUUACCUAGUUUCCAGACUCCUUCCUCGACCAGCUGUCCGUUAAAGGGCUCAGUGCUUUGUCAGUUCUGCUUUGCCAUCAUUGAGUCACAGGGAGUGAAGCCUCAGCAGCUCACCUUUUCCUUUAUUUGAUAGUUUCUUGGGAUCUUAUCAGCCCAGUGUAUUUCAUCAGCCCCAUAAAAGCCAGGAUGAGUGAUAGGACCUUUUGACUUGAUGAGAACUUAAAAGAGUUUCUUUGUUUAUAGUCAUUUAACCUUUCAGUGCUCCCAUGAGUCAGAGACUUCCAGAGGCAAUUUCCUCCUGGAACGUCCCCUUAAACAUUUUGUAAUAACUUUGUAGUAUAGGCAGUCCCGUUUCAGGAUUUAAAUUCAAGCUAAAAUAUAAUGAGGCAUAGAAAACACACCAAAUGCUAUUGGCACCAGUAUUUAUUUGUUGUCGUUUUAUAGAUUGAGUACUGCUUCUACUGGGCACAGGUAAUUGAGAAACAUUGUUGUGAGCUGUUCUAAAAAGGAUUUAUUAUCCGAUAGGUUUUUCUCAUGCAUGUACUGGAGCAUGUUAGUACUGUCUUUGUCAAAUACUGUAUUUUAAACAAAUGCUGCCAACACUGAGUAAUUUUAAUCAUUAUCUCUGUGCUUAGUCUAAGGAUCUGGAAAGUAAACUAAUCAUUAUGGCCAAGAUAGAAAAAUUAUCUUCUUUGCCAUCAAAUACUACAUUUGCGUGAGCCUCAAAGACCAUGUGGUGCUAAUUGUUCUCCCAUCUUAUAAAACUUGAAUCAAAAACCAAACACGUCAAUCAAAAGUUCAAGAGUCUGACCUUUUCUUACAUCAGGGUAGCGGUAAAAAAAAGGCUUUUUGACUUUAUUCCCACCUACCACAAAAUGGAUAACAAAGAAAUGCAUUGUUUUAUGUAACUAUUUGCAUUUUCAAUGUAUUUUUCCCCUGAGAGUUUUUCUCUUCAUGUCCUGACUGGCAGCUCAGGAAACACUGAAGAGCCCAUGUGAAAAUGGAAACAAGGCAUAAGUUGGUUUCAACAAUGACUACAACAAGGCAGAGGAAAGUGAGAAAGUAGGUCAGGGGCACUGUCACUUUGUUCAACAAAUCUUAAUGUUGGAGGCUUCUGUUUUUAGCAAAUCUCUUUCAGAAUGGAAAGCAAACCCGGUCUUUCUUCUGCACCUAGUUGAUAUAUAGAAAAGAGCGAGCAUUGAUCAGGACGUUAUUAAAAUUGUACAUUGUGCCACCCUUCUUUUCUUU